AUGACUGGCGGAAAAUCUGGUGGCAAAGCCUCUGGCUCCAAGAGCGCUCAAUCCCGAUCCUCCAAGGCGGGUCUUGCAUUCCCUGUCGGCCGUGUCCACCGUCUUCUGCGAAAGGGCAACUAUGCUCAGCGUGUCGGUGCCGGUGCUCCCGUCUACCUUGCCGCUGUGCUUGAGUACCUUGCCGCUGAAAUCCUCGAACUUGCCGGCAACGCCGCUCGUGACAACAAGAAGACCCGUAUCAUCCCUCGUCAUCUUCAAUUGGCCAUCCGAAACGAUGAGGAGUUGAACAAGCUGCUUGGGCACGUCACAAUCGCCCAAGGUGGUGUUUUGCCCAACAUCCACCAGAACUUGCUGCCAAAGAAGACCACCAAGGGCAAGAACCCCAGCCAGGAGCUGUAA